AGAGAGAGGGGCAAAGGGACUGCAGCAGAUGGACUGCUGUACAGCCUGCAACACACUUGCAAAGGACAGACUGUAUAUCACCGUGUGUGUGUGUAAGCAUGCACAACAGACGCUGUGUGUAGGAGAAAGGUUGUGAGUUUGUAGGCAGCCCAUGUCCUCUGGAAUUGGAUGCAGUGAGCAAUAAUCCUCUUGAGAUAAAACGGAUACAGACAAGUGAGCAGGGGACGGAAGAGGGAGCACUUUUGCUCUUCACACUUGGCCUGCUUUCACAGGCAGGUGCAUGCCCAGCAAUCUACUGUAGUACUGUUAUCAAUGCACUUGCCAGGAGUAUCUUGAUAAAUGCUACGGACUGCAGCAGGACAUUCUUUUGCUGUCAUUUGGAUGAGGAAGAGAAUUGUGUCUUUAUCAGAGGUAGAGAAGCGAGGGGCGGUUUGAGGCACACUUUUGGAAAAACAGAGAAGGUGGAUUCUCUGUGGUGAAGAUGAGUCUCGACCCGGUACAGGUGAUGAGCGGACAUGCCAAGGAACUCAAAGUUGUCCCUUCAUCCAAUGGGGACAGCAAAGGAUCAUGGGAAGAGAAAGAGGAGUUUGAUCAAGACAACUUGGGCCUCACCACCAAGCCAAUACCAGUGACAGGGAGACGAGCCCGGAAGGUGGAGGGAGGUGUUUUCUUCCCAAAACCAGAGAAUGCGGUGACCAUCGCUGUUUCUACUCGGGUUUUGUUUCGGACCGAUCGGGAGCAGAAGGUGUUUGAGCAGAAAGGAGUCGAGGAGUAUCUGAGAUACCAGAUCGAGCAUGAGAACGAACCCUUCGCCCCAGGGCCCGCGUUCCCCCUUGUCAAGGCUCUGGAGGCGGUGAACGCUCGUCUGCGGGAGCUGUACCCACAAAGUGAAGAACUGUUUGACAUCGUUUUGGUGACGUACAAUCAUGCACACGUAGGAAUCCGGCUCAUCAACACCAUCAACCAUCACAACUUGUUCAUUGAGAGGUUUUGUAUGACCGGGGGCAGCAGUCCCAUUGGCUACCUGAAGGCCUGGCACACUAACCUCUACCUCUCUGCUGACUCUGAGAAGGUCAGGGAGGCGCUUGCUGAAGGCAUCGCAGCAGCUACCAUGUUCUUGCCAGAAAAGCAGUCAGAGGUGUCACAGUCGCAGCUGAGGGUAGCAUUUGAUGGUGAUGCCGUCCUCUUUUCUGAUGAAUCUGAGCGCAUCUUUAAGGCCCAUGGGCUGGACAAGUUCUUUGAACAUGAGAGGGACAAUGAAGACACACUGCUUGAUCAUGGUCCACUUAAGGGCUUCCUGGAGGCACUGGGGAAGCUCCAGAAAAAGUUUUAUGCAAAAGGCCAGCGCCUAGACUGUCCCAUCCGAACGUACUUGGUCACAGCUCGUAGCGCAGCCAGCUCUGGGAUCCGGGCACUGAAGACACUCAGGGCCUGGGGCUUGGAGAUUGAUGAAGCCUUGUUUCUCGCUGGAGCACCAAAGGGCCCCAUGCUGGAGAAGAUAAGGCCCCACAUUUACUUUGAUGAUCAGAUGUUUCAUGUGGAAGGAGCAGCUGAGAUGGGAACCAUUGCUGCCCAUGUGCCCUAUGGCAUUGCCCAGAAACAUCAUGCAAAACAAAACACCAGUGCUGGCAAGUAGACAUGGGGACUUUAGAUGCUGUUGGCCCAGUGUGAGAGGAACUAUGGGACGGAGAAACAUUUAAGAGAAGAGCAAAGAGAGGUUUCAGAGAGCUUGAAAGGCUGAAACUGAUGUGAAAUACGUCACUACUGCAUUGUAGCAAAUGUUUUUUGUAAGUAUUUAUCAAAAUGCAGACUGUCUAAGCUUAAUGUUGACAUGUUAGGAGUUGGUCAAGUAGAGGUCUGGAACCUGAGAUGACCUGGAUGCAAAGUAUCCCAGCUUUACUCUUCAUAGGUUCAUUCAACUAAAUAAAAAAGUGUUUUAUCAAAUAUAGCUUUAUACAGACAUUGUGAAGGAUUCUGUCAUUACUAAUUGUCCUGAUAAUGGAGAGACCUCCAUUACCACCAUCAGAAGCAUCAAAAGAAAGUAGAGAUAUUAUAGGUCAAAAAUGAUUGUGAAAUAAUGGAGCACAAGUCAU